ACUCAACUUAAAUUAAAAAAAAAACCUAACUUCAAAAUCUCAAGAAUAUACAAUGACUACUACCACCAUCUCUCAGCAUGAUUUCUAUGGCGAUGAUGGAGGAGAUUCCGAAACUUCCAUCUCUGUAUCUGUUAUCGAGAAUAUGAAGGAAGAGUAUGGUUUGUUCGUUUGGCCUUGUAGCGUCAUCCUCGCCGAGUACGUCUGGCAAGAGCGAUCUCGAUUUCGUGGCUCUUCAGUUCUCGAGCUAGGAGCUGGCACUUCUUUACCCGGUUUAGUAGCUGCUAAGGUUGGAGCUAAUGUCACCCUUACCGAUGACUCAAGCAAAACAGAGGUUUUGGAGAAUAUGACAAGAGUUUGUGAGCUUAACAAUCUCAACUGUAAUGUAAUGGGUCUCACUUGGGGAGUGUGGGAUGCAACCAUAUUUGAUCUGCGGCCUAACAUUAUACUUGGAGCAGAUGUUCUAUAUGAUUCAAGUGCGUUCGAUGAUCUCUUUGCCACCGUCUCUUUCCUGCUUCAAAAUUCUCCAGAUGCAGUUUUUAUCACCACGUAUCAUAACAGGAGCGGGCAUCAUCUAAUCGAAUUCCUCAUGGUGAAAUGGGGUCUGAAGUGCGUUAAACUUGUGGAUGGCUUCUCUUUUUUGCCAUCUCGCAAGGCAUCUUUACUGAGCGGCAACAUUCAGCUGGUUGAGAUCGUAUUGAGUUCUGGAAAAUCAGCAUUCUAAGGCUGCAAAAAUAUGAGCCAGAGGAGGUCAAAGGAAAUAUCGAUAUUGAACUAAUGGUUGAGCUUGUCUCAUUUGGCUGAGAAAGAAGGAGGAUCGAUUGGGUAAAGAAGAUUAUGAAUCACAACGAUUGGUGAAAAUGGUUUCUAAUUGUGUCAAAGCAAGGAUAAAAGAUCACAGAUACGAUUGAAUUGGUACCUAAUAAGCCUAACAAUACAUUUCACGACCAGUUUGCUACAAUUGUAUUUGAAUUUUCUCAAAGUCCAUUUGUUCUCAAGGAACACGAGCACACUAACGCAUCUUUUUGUUCAUUUUAUUAUUUCGAAGUUGUUUAAAACAUGACAAUACUAAUUGUUUGAUGAUGUUGUCUUGUUCAAGUUUCGAACUCAUUUUCUAGAUUGUUGUUUCUGGUA